UACAGGAUUGGAGGCUGAUCGAAUCAUUGGCGGGGAAAAUAUGUUGGCUUCAUCUGAUGAUAAAUUUUCCAAGAGAGUCUAUAAGUCUGAAUACCGCAAGAAGUUCCGUCCAUUCUCGCAGUACCAAUAUGUGGAUGGCAAGUUCCAUAAGGUGAAGGGCGAUGAGCCGUCGACCGCAGCAGGCGGCGACUCGGCAAACAACUGGUACAAGGAAGUCAUCGAGCUGCGCCGUCAAGCUGGCCAGUAUAGGGCGAGACACGAUAUCGGUGACGUGUGGCGGACAGUCCAGCACCGUGGUUGGGGAGUGGAAACUGCUUCAGAGAGGUUAGCGGAGAUAUACAGUAAGCAAGCAGAAUUAUGGGAACAGGUAUCUCGUAGGUCCUCCCUCCAGGCUCUCUCUCUAGCAUCGGCUACACCCAGCCGGCCGAUCAGUAAGGCAGAGAAGGAGAUAGAGAACUCACGCAGGUCCUCCCCAAUCAAACACGUGAGUACCUCUUCCCGAGAGCGCCCCAGCACAGCGCCUCCAAAGCCCAAGCCUGCCGCCGUGCAUAGCCAGAAGACCGCUGACAAGACCGAUGGAAAGGCCUCAAAAGAGUCCACCCCCCGCCACCACUAUGAGCGCACUACAGGUUCAGCAGAGGAGGGUCUUUUGAUCACUUCGCCUUCACGUGACAAGCUUGAACCAUUCAUCCCCGAUGAUUGGUCCACCCGACGCUCAUCACGAAGGACUCCACCAAUCACAAGUCCCGUCAAAGAUGGCCCCAGCAGACGAAGGUCCAAUCGUGCCUCCUCCGUCGUCAGACCAACCCCCACCAGGGACUGUAGGUCCGCAGUAGGAGGCCGGUCCGUAAGCGUUGGCCCAGAGAACCGCUCGCCGAAGCGCACCUCCCGCCCACCCUCCACCCAUGCCACUGCCCCCGCGACCAAGCCGGAGCGACGCCCACGACCAACGUCCCUCUCCACUAGUGCUCGCCGCAAGGGUACUGACGCUUUGCCCCACCGCCCUUCCUCCCACGAUGAUGGUAGCGUGCCUAAGAAAGCCUCUAAAGCUAAGACUCAUGACCACACUGCUUCGCCUAGGAAGGGUGAGGACAAGAGCAAAGUGGAGAAAAAACAGAUUAGUGAGGAAACUGACUCUAAGAAGGACAAAGAAAAGGAGAUUGUGCCCAAGGAUGGACCCAAGGACAUUGCGAAGGAUGGAGUUAAAGACAGCCCCAAGGAACCCGUUGAGGCUGUGAAGGAGUCCAGCGCAAGGAAGUCGACCCCCGAGCCCAGAUUCGACCCCGAGAAGUACGAACCAGUGGUCAAGACUCCCCCAGAGCCUACCCGAGUCAAGUCACCAGACCAGAUGAUGGUGAAGAGCCCUGACCCGGUCAACUGGACCGUUCCCCUGGAUACCGGCAAGACCUUUACCGUGACGCACAACAUCCCAGAAGGUGAAUCAGCACGUGGAACACCUUCCUCCGAGUACCGCCAUGUGUUGGAGUCACGCACUCGCCAGACACCCGAACCCACCAAGCUGAACCAAGGUUCACUUGCAGGCACUCCUGUGUCUGCCAUUGCCUCUGAAGCCAAGUCCCACACUCAGGAGCCCUUCAAGCCUACCACUGCCACAACCGUAGAUCCUAAGAUUGAAGAAAAGCCAAUUGAUAUAAUAUAUAAGCAAGAGGCAAAACCAACAGAGAUCAUCAAGCAUGCUGAACCAAAACCUGUAGAGACUAAGACCCCAGAAGUGAAACCAGAACAGAAGCCGGAACAGAAGCCAGAACAGAAGCCAGAACAGAAGCCAGAGCAGAAGCCAGAGCAGAAGCCAGAGCAGAAGCCCACAGAAGCCAAGGCCCCAGAACCAAAACCCACUGAAACCAAGGCACCAGAGCCUGUUUCAGCUGAGGUUAAACCAGCUGACACCAAAGUCCCAGAGACUAAGCCAGCUGAUGUGAAGGCACCCGACACAAAGCCUGUAGAACCAAAGGCACCAGAGCCAAAACCAGCUGAAGCCAAGUUGCCACAGACAUUUGAAAAGGAAAAGUCAGAACCACAGCUCUCUGAUAUCAAAGCCUUUGAGCCUAUGAAGAAGGAACAGACCCCUGAGCCAAAGAAGUCAGAGCCUCAGCCCCUCCAGCAGCCGCAGCCUACACCACUGGCCCAGCAACCGCAGGCACCACCAAGUCCAACUGCACCUAAACAGGCUUCCCCUGUGGAAGAUGUUCUUCCUGCUUCAGGUGCGGUUGAUCCUAUGACAAUGUCCAUGUUUGGCUCCCUCAAUGGCAUGAAUGGCAAGAGCUCAGGUACACCAUCUCCUACCAAGCCUGAGGUGCCCCUUCCCUCUGAACCUGCAAAGGAUACCAGUUCAGCUGAAUCAAAGCCUGUUGGUGUCCGCAGUGUCCCCGGCACUAACCUUAGGUGCCUCGACGAUCCUUCCUUCAUGUUUGACAAGCCAUCUGUAGGUACAACUAACUCCCCCAAGACUGGUUCAUACAAGGUACUUGAUGCUCCAACUGAACCACAGCAGCCAAAGAGUGCUGGUUACCGUGUAUUAGAAGCCCCAGGAGGUCCUUCUGAGGUUAAGGAUGCUCCUGAGCAGUCUCCCACAAAGCCAGAGCCCCCUGUUAAGCCUUCACCUUACAGGGUACUUGAAGCUCCUCUUGAUCCCCCAACCAAGCCCAAGGGCUCCCCUUACCGUGUACUGGAGGCCCCAGAUGCCCCUUACUACCCCCAGCCACAGAGUGUAGGUGCAGCACAGGAGUCUAAGCCCCCUUCCCUUGUCUCCCCGUCUUCCGGUAGGACGGUAACUGAUGCACUAGACAAGGCCCGUGCCCGUUUUGAUUCCUUCUGGGGGGGCGCAAAAGAUAAAGAUCCUCCCAGCAAAGUCUAGGUGCCCAAAUCCAAUAGCCAUGUUCCAAUUUCAAGUGAGAUAUCUAUGAAGACAGUUUGCUACAUGAACAGUUACUAAAUUUAUAGGUAACAAUAACUAAUUUUUUGGUGCAUCUUCAUGGAUAUUUCUAAUAAGCCGAAGGAUGAGCUGUUAACAACCAUUCCAUGCAGAUUUUGGUGAUGUAGAAAAUUUAUGCCAUCGUCAAUGACCCCACAUUCAUGCUGGGUUCUUGGUCAACAGCACAUCUUCGGUAUAUGAAAUGUUGAGAAAACCCACAGGCCAUCAAUUCAGCCAGAUGUUUAAUCGCAAUACUCAUACUAUUUUUGUUAGUUGUCAUAGAUGCUAUUUAACUCUUUCUGGACUUCACUCAAGGCUACGCAGUAUAGUAUUUCCUGUGGGUUUUUCUUAUACGAAGCACUUGCUAGUAGGCUAAGAAUGUGAGAUUGUUUAUAAUAUGACCGAUAAGGUCCAUUUUAGUUUCUAUAUGUUUAGCUUUUAUUGAAAAUGUGAGAAUGAAAGGCAAGCCAGAGUCAUGGUGUUUGUAGGGAAUGCCAAGUGUGACCAGAGAUUCAGAUAAUUUAUCUUGUUACAACCAUUCAACUUGUCAUCUGUUUACGGUGGCUCAUUACAUUAUCUCAGAGAACUGGAACACUGCCAGAACUCCCCAAGUGUGAAGUUUUGGAGUGUAAGUGUCAUAUUUGUUGAAAGAAAUGAAAUAUACUGAUGAUGCAACACACUUGUGUAGAACUUUUAAAAAGAUGCUGAUUUACAUUUUGGAUGAACUUGUCUUAAACUUUGAGGAAAUUAUGGGUAUUCUCUGAAAGUUUAACAAAUUAAUAUCAGCAUUGAGUACUGUAUUCUGGACCUUCAGAGUAAAAUGUGUGGCUGAGUUGACAGAUAUUGUUUGAAUGAACAUAUAUUAUGUUAGGAAAUAUUAAAGUAAAACAAAAAAAAUCUGUAUUUACACUUUACAUAUCUAGAAACAGUGUAAUAAAACAGUGAUUUUAGAUAUGAACUCUAUAUAAUAGGAAUAUUGGGUAUAAUGGGUGUGUAUAUAUAUAUAUAUGCAAAUUUACAUUGGCAUGGUUUUAAACUGUGUUAUCAGUUUAUGUUAUUUAUUUAACAAAGGGAUUUAAAGUUGUAUGUGUGGAUAUGAAAGUUGUCUUCUUAGGGUAAAACUCUGCCAAAAUGAUUAAGAGGCUAACUCUCUCCUAGGUCAUGAAGUAUAACCUAGGUCGUGAAGUCUAUCCUAGGGCUUGAAGUCUCUCCUAGGUAGAACGUGAAGUCGUGUCCUAGGGUGCUAUUUCUGCUCCGAGCACUGUCUGUGUCCUAGGGAUAUAUAACUAUAACUUUAGAUGAAGUACUAGAAGGAACUUGGGUCAAACUUGGCAUUUCAUCCUGGCCUUAAUACUAAUGCCUAUACAGGGGAACACUUGGCAUCCGCAAGUCUAGAAUCAAGCUUUUAGUACUCUUGAAAGAUUAUAAAGAUAAACUUUGUAGGAUUUUUGAAAGUGUGAAUCCUAGAAGCCUGGAGUACAGUGGUCCUGAUAUGUGAGAUUUUAGCAGGAAUCUUUAGAGUUGUCUAACAUGAGGAAAUCUUGAAAGGUGCAUUAUUGAUAAUCUAAUUCACUAAACCUUGAUUAAACAUUGUAUUAUAUUCUGUCAUUGUGUAAUUGACGGUUAAAAAAACCCUACUUAAUGAAAUUUCUUUAUCUUCAAAUUUAUACCAAAGAUGAAAGUUACAAAUGAUUCAAUUUUUAUGGCGUGAAGUGUACACUCCUGAGUUGUUCCUCUACUGAAAACUGCCAAGGGUUUGAUUAUAUAGUUUUGAAUGGUAAAGCUAUUUAUAUUGUUAUAAUUAGUAUAGUGUUGGCUAAUUAUUAUACUGGGCAGAUUGGUCUCGGUCUCUGGCAAAUUUCACCAUUAUUGUUUAUGUCCCAUGGUGAUACAUAGUUUUCCUUUUGUCACUUCAUUGUAACAGCUUAUUUUUGUAUUGUUUUGUAGUUCAUUUGUCAUGUUCUUGACUGCAACACAUUCCAUCAAGCAUUAAGGAGUUUUAUAUAUUUUUUAGGUAAUUUAAUUUUCAUUUCUCUAUGUAAAAAAUCAUAUAAAAUCCAUUGUAAGGGUCAGCAAUUUUGAUUUGGGGAUUGUGUUCCUUGCACAUUUUUGUUUCUAAAGAACCUCUCAUAAGAUCUUAACAUGAAUAGAUUUAAGUGCCAACAUAAUUUUUCAAAAUUGCUGAUCCCAGAUCCUAGCUGUGAUUUUGGUAGGUCCCGCAUCCUGUGAUGGUGAAGGGCUAUCAGCUUAGCAGAAAUCCCAACUCUGACUCAAAAUUCACUCUUUAGGCAAGAAAUUUAGUUCCCGUCCUUACUUGUAGUUUCAGCAAAGUUUUGUGAUACUUUUGAUCGAGUAACAACAAUUACUUUAUGAAAACCCAAUUACAUACAACUUUGGCAUUUGUUUUUCUCCCCCUGAAAAGGAAAUGUAGAAAAAAGUAAUUAUUGCUUUUCCUCAUUGGAGCCUUGUUAAUGCUUGGAUAGGGUUUCUAUUCCAUUGCUAAUAAGGGACUUGAACCUUACUGAAGCUCAUAUAAGGGUCAAAUCAGGCUGUCACCAUGGGGCGUCACCAUUCUCCAUCACACGACGCUGUUUACGCUUCUAGUCAAAAUUCUCGCAUAAGUUGCAGGUGUCAGCGUCAGAUCCUGCUUACCCCCCAGACUCAUUUCUAUUGCCAAUGCAGCAAGAUGUAUGGAAUUUAGGACUUUUAUUCCCUUGCCAUAUAUGAGGACAGUGAAAUAUUAAGCUUCUUGAACACUGAUUGAAACCUGCACUUGUGAUGUGCACUUGUAAGAUCUAUUCAAUAUCCUAUGUGGAUUGGUCUUUGAAGGCUGUAUUGUUUAUAGGAACCUUUCCCAUGCUUCUCUUUUACAUUUAAGUUUGAUAUUUUGAAAAGAUGAAUCAGUUUCUGUUCUCUCAUAUAUGAUUUGGGAAUUUAUGGCCAAAUCUGACGAGUUGGGAGAUGAGCAACGUCAUGGCGGGACCCUUAAGUUGUGAAUCUGACCUUACUGUAUGUACCCAUAGCACAGACCUUACAUUAAAUGUACAGCUUCAGA